CAUUUUCUGUCUCCUGAUAGGCUACUUGUAGGGGAAGCGUGGCCCUGUGGCCCAGUGAGGCUCCAGCAGGGAGAUGGAGAGCUUGUCCAUGGAUGAUGACAGGCUGAACUUCCUCCGCUCCACGCCGUUCAGCUUCAGUCUGUACAACAGGGAUGGCCCCAACCGCGUGGAGAUCUUCGACAUCACCCGCAUCCCCACCUGCCGCAGCGCCAUCUCCGAGACCACCUGCCUCUGCGACAUUUUCGGGGACGACUGCGAGUCGCCCACCCUCUCCAGCAGCCCCCCGACCGGGUCGCUCGCUAAAGUAGAGGAAGACAAGUUUGCACGGGCAGACGACUCCCCCAACGAUUCCUCCGGGUCCUACCACACAGCUAACGGCUCCGAGCAGCUGAGCGACUCCAGCGACACGUUCGAAGAUUCUAAAGACGUCCUCUCCCCUGUACCUCCACCGACUGCCUCCUUACCUGAAGCCAGGGGUGCGUCACCCUUGUCCAAAUCCAAUGGCCUAUCCCCUGACCCCCAGACCACGCCCCCCUCAGCUCAAUCCAAGGGAACUGCCUCCUCACCAAGGAGUGUAGCCCCCUUGUCUCUCUCACCUGAACCCAGGAGUGCUAACAUCUCCCCCAAACAUAGGACUACUGCCAGCCCUCAUACCCCAAGCAUUAAAUUCCCUUCACUUGAAGCCAGCUGUUCAGGUCUGUCAUCUGAACACAGGAGCAUCGACAUCUCUCCUAAAUCUGAAGCAACUGCCACCCCUUACAAGCAUAGGAGCACAGCCCCUUCACCUGUACCCAGGGACACCGAUGUCUUUUAUGAGGCAACAGAUACUAACCCCACUCCUGAAGACUGGGAUGUAUGGCACACAACUGAACCCAGAGGCACAGAACCCAGGAUUACUGCCAUCCCACCUGAACCCAGAUCUACAUUGCCAGAACUACAACACAGGGUUAAACCCUCCAGACCAGAACCUAGCGUUGCAUCCUUACAAACAGAAUCUAAGCCUAGCUCCCUAGAAGUGGAACUCAGAGCUGAAAUCCCUGACUCAGAACCUAGAAAUACUUCUCCCAAGCCAGAACCCAGGGCUCUAUCUGCAGAACCAGAACCCAGGGCUACAUUCUCAGAACCAGGCCCCAGGGCCAUAUCCCCAGAAAUAAAACCAAGAACUACAUCCCCCAAACAAGAACUCAGUGCUGCAUCCACAGAACCAGAAUCCAGGGUUGUAUCCUCCAAAUUAGAACCUAGUGUUACAUCCUUAGAACCAGAACCAAGAGAUAAAUCCCCAGUAAUAAAACCCAGGGCUAUAUUCCCCUUAAAGGAACUGAGUGCUAUACUGCCAGAACUGGAACCUAGUGCUACAUCCCCAGAACCAGAAUUUAGGACUCAAUUUCCAGAACCAAAAUCUAGUGAUACAUCCCCAGAACCAGAACCUAGUGCUACAUCCCCAGAACCAGAAUUUAGGACGCUAUCUCCAGAACCAGAACCUAGUGCUACAUCUCCACAGCCAGAAUGUUGUGCUGCAUCACCAGAACCAGAAUUUCGGACUCAAUUUCCAGAAUUAGAACCUAGUGCUAUAUCCUCAGAACCAGAAUUUAGGACUCAAUUUCCAGAAUCAAAACCUAGUGCUACAUCCCCAGAACCAGACUUUAAGGCUCCAUAUCCAGAACCAGAACUUAGUGCUGCAUCCCCAGAACCAGAAUUUAGGACUCCAUCUCCAGAACAAGAACCUAGUGCUACAUCCCCAGAACCAGAAUUUAGGACUCCAUCUCCAGAACAAGAACCUAGUGCUACAUACCCAGAACCAGAAUGUAGGACUCCAUCUCCAGAACAAGAACCCAGUGCUACAUACCCAGAACCAGAAUGUAGGACUCCAUCUCCAGAACAAGAACCCAGUGCCACAUACCCAGAACCAGAAUUUAGGACUCAAUAUCCAGAACCAGAACCUAGUGCUACAUCCCCAGAACCAGAAUUUAGGACUCCAUCUCCAGAACCAGAACCUAGUGCUACAUCUACAGAACCAGAACCUAGUGCUACAUCUACAGAACCAGAACCUAGUGCCACAUCCUCAGAACCAGAAUUUAGGACUCCAUCUCCAGAACCAGAACCUAGUGCUACAUCUACAGAACCAGAACCUAGUGCCACAUCCUCAGAACCAGAAUUUAGGACUAAAUCUCCAGAAUCAGAAUCUAGUGCUACAUCUUCUAAAUCUGAACCAAGAUCUACUUACCCAGAACUGAACACUAUCUGUCCAUCACCUGAAGGCAGAAUCUCUGCCAGUUCCCCCAAACCCAGGGGCCUUGUGGUCUCCCUUAAACCCAAUGCUACUUUCUCCUCAGCUGAAUCCAUAGAAACAGUUCUAUUACGGGAAACAACAAUAACUGCCCACACAGCUGAAUCCAAGGCUAGCAGCCCUACACAAGAACCUAGGAUAAAAGAUCCCUCGCAUGAACCUAGACAAACUAACCCUUCUCUGGAGAUGAGAAGCACCAAUCUCUCUCUUGAAUCUAAGACUGCCACCCAUGGAUUAGAAACCUGGUGCUCCACUGCCUCACCUGAACCCCCAAGCACAGUUAACUCACAUGAACAACGGAAUUCAGAGAUCUCAUCUGAACCCAGGCACCCCACUAUAUCUGCAGAGUGCAAAAAUCCAGAAUUAUUUAAACUUACAGGCCAUGCCGCUGAAUAUUCAGGAACCGCUGCGGUGUUGGAACUUGGAGAUCGGGAUCAAUUGCUUAAACCUACAACAGAACCCACAGACACAAGCUGCCCACCCAAGCCCUGUGAAAGAGAGGAGGGAAGGAUGACUGCUGUCCUGGCCAACAGCAAUGCCGGUGAGGGGCUUCAGUCUGCACAGCCCCUGUUCGCCUCAGAAACGGUCUUAAUCAGACCCCCUGGGAACCGAGAGAGCGAGGCGGGUCCAGAAGAGACUGCUGCAGAGGGCCCAGGACUGAUCAGCGCAUCUGGGGAAAGCCCCGCUGUGCAACCCAGGCAGGGGGACAACAGCCAGCCUCACAGGGACAAGGGGCAGAGGGAGGGGGGAGAGGAGGAGGAGGAGCAUAAAAUAGAGGAGCAGGGAGCAGAUGAGGGGGAGGGCAGCCGGGAAAAGGCCAGUUACGAAGAGCAACAGGUUGAGCUGUCAUUCAGUGCCAGGAAUAGAAGAGCGCCUGUGAGCCCCAGCUCGGCACCCACAUGCAGGCAGCUCCGGACGGGAAUGCCAGCUGGUUGUUAUUCAGACUGUCUGCUCGUCACCCAGCAGCAACAGCAGCAAAACCCGCUCAGAACUCUCAGCUCACAGAAGGAGAACCAGGCUCGCGCCAGGAAGCCUCGACCGAUUCCUCGGCCCACCAGAAGCAGCGCUAGCCAGCGCCCUGCCCCCGAAUACUCCAGUGAGACCUCCAGCAUGGGCAGCGAGUUGGAUGAAGCCGAUGACGAGGUGAAGUGGUUCACAGACCAGGCCUUCAGAAGCCUUUCCAGUCCUCAGGCAGACUACCUGGACGUGUAUAACUCCAGCCACAGGUCUUCCACAAAUGUAUCGCAGCUCUCCACGGAGGACAGCCCUGGAGCCACUGCUUGGUCGGCGUACGCGGACCUGCAGGGCUCCAUUCGCCACGAUGGCGACAAUCUCCCCCGCCAGCCACCCGCGGGCCUCGCCCCGGACAGGCUGGACGCGACCAGGCGCUUUGAGAUGGGGAGCUUCGAAUGCGUGGACGUGGCACUGGAGAGCCGGGAGGACGUCCGAAGAGGGAAGAGGACGGUGCCGAAGAGGCAGAUCCAGCUGAAGAGGCGGGACACCAGCGAAUCACAGGUCAGCGAGAAUGAUGAAGCGGCCACCGAUGCUGCCAAUGAGGCAGCGCCAGGCCAGAGGCAUUCAAGGGACGCGCUGCUGCGCCAGCACAGCACGCCAGCCGCCGUCCACGAGGAGUCCUGCAAGGAAGUCAAACCCGAACCAAGCGACAGGAAGCAGAAACUCCAGAAGUCCCUCUCCUUGGAUGAGACAUGUAGCAAAACAAAAACGGCCUCCUGCCUGAUCAAGAGCGUCCUCUCCAAGAAGAUGCAGCACAACCAGACUCUCGCCAUCUCCCAGCCGUCUCUCCAGAGCGGGGACUCCAGCUCCGCUGUGGGGAAGAAUGCGUCGUCUGAAAGCUCCCACUCAGUCACAGAGACCCCAAAAAUGGAGGGAUCAAACCUGAGCAGCGAGCUCCCCUCAGACUGCAGCCUUUCGGAAGAAGACCUCCCACUCCAGGUGGAAUCUGCCCCGCAGAGCAGCUCAGUGAAACAGCACAGGAGCUUUGACCCCAAGCCACAGCCAAAACCUUUGGGCAGAUAUGGCUACAGUCCACUCCAGAGUGGCGCAAGCAGUCUAGAGUUUCAGAAGAACAACACUGGGAAGCAGGGUAUGAGGUCUGAACUGGUCAUCCCGUUCGAAAGUCCAAAGACAGAGAAACGGAGUGGCAGAGAGAUGUGGAAGCAGAGCAGCAGGGAGACAGAGAAACAGAGCAACAAAGAAAUGGAUAAACAGCGUGGCAGUGAGUGGAAACAGGGCAACGGAGGUGUAGAGAAACAGAGAGGCAGAGAUUGGGUAAAACUGCCGAGCGACGAGAACCUGUGUGAGAAGCACUCGGGUGACUCAGCAAAUGCCGUCUCCGGGAACACGGGCGCCGCUGCUACCCGAGCUCCGGGCGCUCCGGGCGGAAUGACAAACAGAAACCAGGAAUGCUACACCGCCAGGUCGGAAAACUAUAAACAACAGAGUGCCAGGAGCACGUUCAUGUCCAAAACGCCAGAAAUAAUGCUCAAGCCUUGCACCGCCAGGGAGAAGAAAAAGAGUUCCCUGACGAUGGACUGCCUCUCCGGUGACUCGACGCCCAAACAGGAAGAGAGUCGCGUGGCCCCCUCGCCCGGGCGACUGCCAGAAAAAGAAACACACAAGCGUGAGACGGAGAGCAAGACAGAAGACCGCCCAGAGAAUGGGGAGGUGUUUGAGAAGAACAGACCCAGAGCCCCCGUCCACAAGGUGAGGGACGUGAGGAAGCUGGUGAAGAACACUUACAAUCUGUCAUUUAAGGCCACUGCAGUGCCGGCACAGGACAGCGCCCCCCGGGCCGAGGUGGAAAAGCCCCCACCCAUGCAGAUUGAGUACGUCAGCCGGAAGGUAGAGGGGCUGGCAACCGGCCGACCAGGUGAGAGGCAAGCAGAGGGGGAGAAAGCACAGGUACCUGUGCAGUUGCAUUCACAGGAACCUACACAGGUGUCUGCACAGGUGCAUCCACAGGUACCUGUGCAGGUGCAUUCACGGGAACCGACACAGGUGUCUGCACAGGUGCAUCCACAGGUACCUGUGCAGGUGCAUUCACAGGAACCGACACAGGUGUCUGCACAGGUGCAUCCACAGGGGCCUCCACAGGUAUCAGCACAAGUGCAGCCGCAGGUACCUGUGCAGGUGCCUCCACAGAAGGUCACACAAACCGCCUCCCUUCACAUCACUCCUAGGGGCCGUUUGACCGAAGCUGGAGCUGCCGCACCGGACACUGCAGCCACAGAAGCUAACACUCCAGGCGUGUCAGAGUCAGCCAGCCGCACAGAGAGAGUGCCUGGGGGUGGCACUCGUCACCCUAAGCUGGGCAGCACCCCCAAACUCCCCAGUAAGGACAGGGAAGUGUCCACGCUGAUGUUCCUGCAGAAUGGGCUUCCGGAGGGUGGGCUCGAACCCGGAGCACUGCCCCCUCUCGCCCUGACCGCCACCAGCUGCAGUCGCUCCGUCUCCAUGCUCCUGAAGGAGAAGGGCUUCCAGGCUGAUAUCGGAGUUUACGACGCCCCUGCCGACGACCCUAACGCUACCGAAAAACACGUCAACACGCUGGAGGUGCCCCUGCAGACCUGCCCCGCAGAGGAGGCCUCAUCUGAGCCCUCGGACCCUGUCCCGCCACCUGCACGCUCCUCCCCUUCUGCCCCCACCCCAUUGAUGGACCCUAAGGAGGAACGCCACCCUAGGAACCCCACCCCUCCUCAGCUCAGGGAGCUGGAUCUCGAGAGGACAAGUCUGAAACCCAGAGAGAACAACACAGGGGCCCAGGACCCAACACCCAGUUCGCCACAAACACCAGCAGCAACAUCCAGUGACAGACCCCAGCUGACACACGUGAAAACAGUGUCCACCUGCACAAGAAAACCAGCACCAGCAGCGACAGGAUCCCCAGCAUCCAGCUGCAAGCAACAGUCGGCAUCUGCAGCAGCACAACUCCACAGCAGCGACACACAAACGUCGGCGCCGCUUGCAGCAUCCAGCAAGGAGAAUCAACCUGCGCUGUCGGCAAUCUCCAGCUGCAAACAAAAACCUCCUUUGACCAGCAGCCCAGAGCAGCCGAAUUUAACGCACAGCGACGCCCAGGAGCAGGUAGCGUUAGUUUCGUCCUGCAGCUCGUCCUGCAGCCAAUCUUCAGUGUCUACCGCAGCUCAAUCCCCAAGCUGCUCACAGCAGUCAACGAUCAGCAUAACGUCCACCAAGCGAAUCGAGAGUAGCAACCUACGCUAUUACGCCUCGGACGACCCCCCAAGCUACGAUGAAAGGGAGAGCUUCAGCCCACUGCUGCUGACGGACUUGUACUCCAGGAAACCGAACCGGUACCACCCACCCGUCCAGGCUCCACCCUGUUCCUGUGCAGCGGACGGCGUCCCCUGCCCUGGACCCCCUGACAUCACACCUCUCGCGCCUGGGCCCUCAACUGCCCAGGCUCCGCCCUCACACACCCAAGCUCCGCCCUCUCUUGCUGCUCCGCCCCCAGCUCGCCACCACCAUCAGCGAUCAGACGGCCGCUCUCUGAGCUACAAGCCGGGCUCCCCCAAGGGUGCUCCGCCAAGCCUCGCCCAGGCCGCCCCCCCCCCACCCGUUUCAGCCUCUUCACCACCCGCCUCCCGGCCUGCCAGCCUGCCCCCCCCUACUGCCGCAGCCCCGCCCCGAAAAAGCAGGCAGCCCCCCCUAGGCCAGCAGGCAGACAGGCGGCCGGGGCAGCAGCGCUCCCCCCAGCAUCCUGCUUCGCUGUCGGGCAGCAGCACCUACUCCAGCCACUCCACCCACUCGCCUGGCGUGCCCCCCCUGGAGGUGAGGCCGCAGUACCUGUGCACCCCCCCGGGGUUUGUGUCCCCUUACGGCUCAGAGUACGGCGGCGAGGGCGGCGGGGGCGGCGGCAUGCUGUACCCCGAGGGCGGGGGCGGCCUGGGGUACGGGCAGAGCCCUCGACGGGUGCUGCUGGACCCCGAAACGGGCAAGUACUUCUACAUCGAGGUGCCCAUGCAGCCGCUGCGCAAGAUGCUGUUCGACCCCGAGACGGGGCAGUACGUGGAGGUGCUGAUCCCGCAGCAGACGCUGUCCCACUCCGGCCUGUAUCCCCCCGUCGCCGCCCCCUACCCCUCCAUGCACAACCCGGGGAUGUACGCGCCGCAGUACCUGCCCUACUCCGUGCCCCCCCACUCCCAGCCCCCGUCCCCCCGCCACGCCGAGGCUCCGCCCCCGCAAGGGCUGCACCAGAGCAACGGGGGGUUCGGGACCCCCAGCAACCGGAGCCCCAAAACGGAGCCCCAAAACCACCCGCCGCUGGAUCAGGGCUACCUGGAGAGCAUGUACUACAUUCCCACCGGGAUGACUGCCAGUCCGAACCCCGCCCCUCCGGAAUUCUAUCAGAAGCUGCCCCCCAGCCUGCCGAACUCGGGGGGCAAAAGGUCCUGAAUGAAGAAAAGGGCCAGGUGUGUGAGUCAGCCGAUCCGUAUUUCUGAAACUUUUAGGAAGUUCACAUUGGGCCAGAAGUGAGGGUCUGGGGUUUUUUUUUUCUGGGUGAUUCUCUCCAAGCGUAUGAUCACUGUGUCUUCAUGAACAUUCUGUGCUUUGAUUAAAUCUCUCCGCAAGAGAGGUAAAAUCCACAUUCACCUGUCCGGCUUGACAAGAAAACUA